CACUCUAGCAGUUUAGCAGUUUUUUAUACUGCAUAGAAAAUAAAAAUAAAGUAUUAAUAAUAUUUAUUUAUUCAAUUGUCUAUUUUAUUAAUAAGAUACUAUUAUAUUUUUUAUUGAAAACCAUGACUGUUAGAAACAGCCACUGGGUGGCUCUUUUUUCUCAACUAUUCGUUUUAUCUGCAAGUGUUGUUUUAUUCAUGAUUCCAAUUUAUUUACUGUGGAGUCACAUUACUUAUGAACAAAAUCAUUUAUCUAAUUAUAAGCCUCAUGUGGUAGCUUUAAUAUUAGCUAGAGGUGGUAGUAAAGGAAUACCAAGAAAAAAUUUAGCUAUAAUACAAAACACUACACUCCUCCGAAGAUCUUUAGAUACAAUUAAUGAUUGUGGAUUGUUUCACGAUGUUUGGGUAUCAACAGAUGAUAAAGAAAUUGCAGCUGAAGCUGAAUUAGCUGGUGCUAAAGUUUUUCACCGCAGUGCAGAAACUGCUUCAGAUAAAGCAACAUCACUAAGUGCUGUUAAAGAGUUUAGUAUGUACCAUCAAAAAGUGGAUAUUUUUGCUAUCAUUCAGUGUACCUCACCUUUUAUGACUGCUGAGUAUUUGACUAGAGCAUAUAAAAUGGCAGUUUAUCAGAAAUUUGAAUCAGUGUUCUCUGUAACACGAAGCCAUAAACUACGUUGGAAACUUGGUUCUGAUGGUCAACUACAACCAUCAAAUUUUGAUGUAUCCAAAAGACCAAGAAGACAGGAUUGGGAUGGAGAAUAUGUGGAAAAUGGCAUGUUUUAUUUUGCACAUAAAAACCUUAUUGUGAAUAAUAAGCUCCAAGGAGGAAAAUUGGGAGUAGUUGUUAUACCAAUGAACAGAAGUUUAGAAAUUGACACACAAUUUGAUUUACAAGCUGCUCGCCUUUUAGCUCCAUUACUAGAUAAACCUAAAAAUGUAACUGAAAGAAUUAAAUAAAUUGCCAAAAACUCAUAAGCCAAUUUUAAAAUGAUAAUUAUGAAAUUACUUAAAAAUUUUAGUUCAUAUUAUUUAAAAUGUAUACAUGGUAUAUAUAUGUCUGUAUAAAUAAGAUUAAUUAGUGGCAUUCCCAGGAAGAUGGUUGAGUGGUCAGCUGACUCAAAGUUAUUUUCUUAGUAAAAUGUGGGGCUCUCAAAAUGAUAAACUACAUAACUAUCUACAGUACAAUACUACAAUAUUCAAAAAUUAAAUAAUUUAUGAAAUGCACACAGUCUAAAGAAUUUUUUUAUAAAAAUGCAACUAUAAAUUAUGAUGUAUAGAUGUAUGUAAAGGCAUGAAGACUGAGUAUUGUGAAGUAUAAAAUAAUGUGUACAAAAUCGUGUGGCCGUUAUAUAUCAUCAAAAAAUAAUGUACCUAAAUCAAAAUACAUGAUAGUAAAACACAGCAUACCAUACAUUCAGCUGCCUUAGGCUUUACUCUUUAUAAAACAUACACCAAUGUCUUAUAGUUAUAUUAAUUGUUGGUACCCAAAUAUAAUUUAAAUAAGGUGAAUUGCAGUGAAUUUGUUAUGCAUUGUUAGUUGAAGGUUCUACACAGUAGCCUCUCGUAUGUGAGAUUGACCCACAAUACUAAAAUCCUGGGUUCGCCACUGAGAUUGAUAUAUUUGACCUAAGUAUUCGCCAUUCGGAUUAUACAUAUUUAUUGUUUUGUAAAUAAUAUUGUUAGAUGAAUUUAUAGUUUUACUAAAUAAAAUGUUAAUUUUGAAUAUA